AUGGUCCGUCCAUGGAUCCAGGACUCGUCUGAUGACCCUGGCCAUUCUGUUCGACGGCUGAGGGCUCGAUAUUUGCAACAAGUACAGAAUGCGGUGCCCGCGAGAUUGAGGGGGACGCCCGCUGCAGGCUACUCCGAGCCUGCCGUCGUUGCCGGAAGAAUGCCGAGAGGGAGUGAAGAUUCUGAUAAUGAACGCCGCUCCUCGUGGCAACCAUCGGGAGUGGUGUCACGGGUCCAGCCGACCAUCAGCCCCCUGCCGGAUCGAUCACACAGAUCGCCAUCCCCUCCGAAAACCCUCUACCCACCCGGUAGCACCGACCGGAUUGCCAGUGAGUCGAAGCUGGCUGAUCGGCCGCCAGAGCGAGUAUUCCGUCUACGAAAAUCGGCCUCUACCCCAGCUUUAAUUGCUGUCAACGUUGGCACUGACGCUCCUGAGAAGAAGCCGGACCCCACCCACGAAUACCCGGAACGGUUGAUGAGCCCACCGCCAAACCGGGAACCCAAAGGAAUUUUGAAGCAGUCCUAUUCCCAUUUGAAGCCCACCGAAGCUAUCAGGAGGAGAUGCGCGAGGGUCACCAGAUUGCGCUGCUGUUUUUGGCCUCACGAACAGCCCAGGCGGAUGCCGGUUGAGAAUGGACAUGAGCCAAGAAUGGAGGAGCGACCCAGGCCCGGAUCGGCAUUUCAAGAAUUGCCGGAGGAGGAGCGGGUGCGGAUAAUGCAAGAGAAUUUGCAAAAGCACCGGAUGCAAGGGCCGAGGCCACAGCAGCCAGCACCGAAGCCGCCGACGAGUUCUUUUAAUGGGCCAUUUUUCAAGCUGGAGGAGGUGCCAUCGAGAAGCCGACCUCAAUCGGCUGCCCCACCGCUUGGCUCUGGUGACAGAAAUGAGGGAGAGCAUCGAAGGCGUGAUGAGCAGAGUUAUCGUCAACAAUUUGAAUAUAGCUACGAGCAAUCCUCCCAACAACUCCAGAAAAUGCGUCAAAUGUCCGCCUCUGAAGCCGAGCUACACCAUCACAACGACCCACAUGCAAAAGAAUUGGAAAAAGAGGCCAUGCGCAAAAAGGAGGAGCGUUUUCAACGAGAUCUCGAGAAGCAGGUCUAUGCUAUGGAAGUGCAACAACACCGACUUUUUGAACAGCAACAAUCCGCUCAUACCUCCUCUGCCAAUUAUCCUCCUCAUCCUCAUCAUCCGUACCCAGCGUACCCUCCUCAAGAAAUUUCCUAUGAUCAGCAGCGAUAUGCCCCGCCAAUACCCUCCCAACAACAAUACACUGCUCCGUUGUCGCCGGCUCGAGAGGUGUCCUAUACGCAGCCGCAUACAGCUCACGACCCAGGACCGCCACCUCCUGCUCAAGUCCGUUUCGAGACUCGACCACUGAGCGCGAUGAGUGAAGGCCAGGAUCCGACUCCACAUGUCCCAACCUGGAAGCGGACCUACAUUGUCGACAAACCUCACAUCGAGGCCAAGAACGAGAUCUUGACUGGAGACGAGAUUUUGGAGAAGGACCUCCAGGAUGUUGAGAUCGAUAUCUUGGAAGGACCACCCCCCUCUCCAGACGAUGCUGGAUACCAAUGGGAACCUGUCGUCUACGAUCCAACCCUCAAGAAAGAGCAACAAAGAACUCUACACCCCAACACUUCCCUCCACACCCUAACCGUGGACACGGCACGGGACCCC